AUGUUUUGGACAGUUGUCGCAGCAGAUGGGCUGUCUAAGCGUGAUGUAUUCCGCCUACCGGACCCCUUCGCAGUCAUUACCGUAGAUGCAGAGCAAACUCAUACAACCAGCGUCAUAAAGAAGACUCUGAAUCCUUACUGGAAUGAGAGUUUUGACAUCACCGUCAAAGACUCCUCGGUGGUAGCUGUGCAGAUAUUUGACCAGAGGAAGUUCAAGAGGCGCGACCAAGGGUUUUUGGGCGUGGUCAAUGUGAAAGUUAGCGAUGUGCUCGAUCUUGAAUUGGGUGGUCAUGAGAUGCUGACGUUGGAUCUAAAAAAGUCCAAUGAUAACCUCGUGGUUCAUGGCAAGCUCAUCAUAUACUUGUCAACAAACGUCAACCAGCCCAUGAGCAACCCUGGACCCUCCCAAGUACAAGGCGUUACCUCUGCAUUGGCCGACAUGGGAAUGAAUGAAUCAAGUCUCUCUUUGUCACCUAACGCGGCUCCAGCAACAGGUAAUCCUCUGUCUCGUCCACCCAGUUCACACGCCACUGCUACUGAGCCCGCCGCAGCGCCGUUGAUGCAGAUGCCGACGCCCCACAUACCAUCUUCGGCGACCAGCGCUGAGGUGGAACAGUCGUCUUCACAGCCUCCAUCGGGUCGUCCCAUUAGCUCAGGCGGUGGGCACGCCGCACUUGCCGCACCCCCAUCUACAGCACCUUCCUUAGCCACGUCACCGGGACAAUCGGCAACCAACGCACACAACGCACAACAGAGGAAUUUCAACCCUAAUGUUGAUCAGUAUGGAGCAUUACCUCCUGGAUGGGAGCGUCGCAUUGACCCACUUGGUCGAACAUACUAUGUUGAUCAUAAUACCCGGACAACAACUUGGAACCGACCAUCACCCAACCAAACUGUAAAUCAUAACAAUCAGGAUAGUGAAACAAAUGCUGCGAGAGACCAGCACUCCCGCCGUAUACUCGCCGACGACAUGGUCGAUGUUGUCACCCCAGGUGCUGCGGGUGGCAACGCGUACCGCAGCCCGUCGACGACCGCGCAACCCGCGUCGGCUAACGCUUCAUCGACGGUCGUUGGUUCGGGUGGAAGUGCUACUACAGCUGGGUCUGGGAGUCUUCCAGCCGGCUGGGAGGAGCGCUACACCCCCGAAGGACGACCCUAUUAUGUGGAUCAUAACACGCGCACUACCACUUGGGUCGAUCCCCGGCGUCAGACCAUCAUCCGUGUCAUGGGCCCUAAUGGACAGAAUACAUCCUUGCAGCCUCAGACCAUAUCUCAGCUUGGUCCGUUGCCCUCUGGUUGGGAGAUGCGUCUCACAUCCACUGCGCGUGUUUAUUUCGUGGACCACAACACGAAGACGACCACAUGGGACGAUCCACGCAUGCCAUCUACGCUUGAUGCCAAUGUUCCGCAGUACAAGCGUGACUUUAGGAGGAAGCUCAUCUACUUCCGAAGUCAGCCUGCUAUGCGUGCACAGCCAGGCAACUGCCAGAUCAAAGUGCGGCGGAACCAUAUCUUCGAGGAUAGUUAUGCAGAGAUCAUGAGGCAGACGCCGAACGACUUGAAGAAACGACUCAUGAUUAAGUUUGAUGGAGAGGAUGGUCUUGAUUACGGUGGUUUGUCACGAGAGUUCUUCUUCCUUCUGUCGCACGAGAUGUUCAACCCAUUUUACUGUCUAUUCGAAUACUCCGCUCACGACAAUUACACGCUUCAAAUCAAUCCCGCUUCAGGCGUCAACCCAGAGCACUUGAACUACUUCAAGUUCAUCGGUCGCUGUCUUGGUCUCGGAAUAUUCCACCGUCGUUUCCUCGAUGCAUACUUCAUUGUCAGCUUCUACAAGAUGAUUUUAAAGAAGAAGGUGACGCUUUCGGACCUUGAAUCUGUCGACGCUGAGUUGCACCGUGGGCUGACUUGGAUGUUGGAAAACGACAUCACGGACGUAAUCGAUGAGACCUUUACAACGACUGAGGAGCGCUUCGGCGAACUGGUCAACAUUGAACUUCGUCCUGGAGGGGCAGACGUCAACGUGACUGAGGAUAAUAAGAAGGAAUACGUCGACGCCGUCGUCGAGUAUCGCAUCUCAAAGCGUGUCAAGGAACAAUUCGACUCGUUCAUGUCGGGUUUCAGCGAGUUGAUUCCACAGGACCUCAUCACCGUCUUCGAUGAACGCGAACUGGAGCUCUUGAUCGGCGGCAUGUCGGAGAUUGACGUAGAUGACUGGACUAAGCAUACCGACUACCGCGGAUACGAGAUGAAUGACGAGGUCAUACAGUGGUUCUGGAAGUGUAUUCGCAGCUGGCCGCCUGAGCGCAAGUCCCGCUUGCUUCAGUUCGCUACGGGGACAUCUAGGAUUCCUGUCAAUGGCUUCAAGGACCUUCAAGGCUCGGAUGGACCUCGCCGCUUUACCAUAGAAAAGUCUGGUGACCCAUCGCAACUACCGAAGAGUCAUACGUGCUUUAAUCGUAUCGAUCUUCCACCAUACAAAGAUUAUGCUAGCCUGGAGCACAAGCUCACGCUUGCUGUAGAGGAAACUGUUGGAUUUGGUCAGGAGUAA